GUAACAGCGGGACCCAUAUGUCAGCCUUCUACAUCACUUUCUUCCUCAUUAUCCUGCUCCCCCUCUUCCCCAAGCCCUUUUUGCUUGCGGCAGUGGUGCCCGCCCGCGGCGACGGCGGGGCAGCGGUGGCAGCGCGUGGCGACGGUGGGGCGGUGGUGGCCGCGCGCGGCGACGAUGGGGCGGCGGUGCUCGUGCCCGACGACGACGGGGCGACGGUGGCCGGGUGCGACGACGACGGAGCGUUCCUCCUAAUGGCGACCCUACUACUUAUUGCUCGUCUCCCCACUCGGCACCCCCCAUCUCUCUUUGUGCCAAAGAUCCUACAAACUCGCCUCGCGAAUAACGAUGGCAUCGUCGCUGCCGUCGUCUGACCCGUCCUUGGAGACCGCAGAGGAAGGAGAGGGAAGACGUCGGCUCCCUGUGGAUGGUGGCCGCGGCGCAAGGAGACGAGAGGAUGUGGUGUGGUAGCGGAGCUGGAGGGAGAGGAGAAGCUCGGGUAGAGGAGAGCUGGGGGAUAGCCAGCCUAGGAGGCUGGCCAAUAUUAGCCAGUGGGUGGGCUUGAAUGGAGAGGCAAUGGAGAGUUUGUUGGAGGAGUGUUUUUGGUUCAUUUGUCAAAUUUUUAGCUUGGAGAGCUUAGUAGAGAAGCUGUCGGAGAUGCUCUUAUUGGGCUUGGGCUUGAGCUUGAAAACUCGGCCACUAUAUCAACUGAGGUCAAGAGAUAUAAGCCCAUAUAUAUACGCUAGUAUGGAGAUUUCACCAUGAACGUCCUACUAGUACUCAGAAAUCAUACUAGUACACGUAACAAUCCAAUUCAGUAUCCAACUAGCUCAAUUUAUUUGUUCCAACAGCAUCACAUGUACUGUAUAUGCACAAGGAUCACACAGCUAGCACCAGUUAAGCUCGUCCCAGCGCCACACGAAAAUGUAACCAAGGACGGUCGCGAUCGUCACUUCUAGCUACUACAACCAAUAUACAUAGUACAUACUGCAAAUCUGCAAUCUGCAAAGCGCUGCAACACCACACGCGACAGAUACUUCAUCAUCAGGUGCCCUCCGCCCCGGACAUCUUGCUCAGCCUGCUGGGCUGCUUGGAGUCCUU